AUGACACCUUCACCCUCUCGCGUUGCAUUCUACACUAGUAAUCUCUCAUCCUUCAUCUCCUCCCCCUCUACCUUUCGCAUCCUGCGCACCCUAUCCCCACCCACACCACUACCCCCCAUUCCUCCCACACCCAAAAACCUCACUUCCAUUACCUUCGAUGCAUACGAUGCCUAUCGCGGGCCCCUUUACUUCCCUCCCACGACUACGAGUACCGCAUCCAAUGAAUCUUUAGGCCAUCCGAAAACCCCAAGUCGAGACCAUCAAGCUCCCUCUCAUCCCAGCACCCCGCAAACCCUCUACAUACUCGAUUCCUCCUUCAAUCCGCCUACCCUCGCACACGCACAUAUCUGCCUCUCCGCUCUAAACGAUCACUACUCUUCUUCCGAAUUAGGUCACACAAAUGCGAGGUUAUUAAUCCUACUCAGUACGCAAAAUGCCGAUAAAAAGAUUACCGGCGCGAGUUUGGAGGAGAGACUAGUGGGCAUGGAAUGUUUUGCGAAUGAUUUAUUGACGAAUUGGUAUUAUCCUCAUUCGGCUUAUCAUUACAAGAAGGAGAAACUUGAUCGUUUGAAUGGGAAAUCAUCCGAAGUGACUGAAUCCGAUUCUUCGGACGCCGAAUCCUCAGAUAUCGAUUCCAAUUCCGAAUCCAAAUCUUCCCCUCCCCAAUCUCCUCCAUCCGAAUCCCUACCAUCUUUUAGCCCCAACUCGAGGCCCAAAAUCAACAUAGAUAUAGGCCUAACAUCUCUCCCCUACUUCCACGACAAAUCUGCCGCUAUAGAAGCCUCCUCCCUCUAUCCACCCUCAACAACACACAUCCAUUGCACCGGCUACGACACUCUAAUCCGCGUCUUCAAUCCUAAAUACUAUCCACCUACUCAUGAUCUCUCCCCCCUUAUCCCCUUCCUCUCAAACCACAAGCUUCGCGUAACCUACCGCGUCGACAAAGACUGCACAAAAGAAGACCAAGAUGCAUACCUAUCGAAAAUGCAACGUGAACUACCCAGUCUAGGAGGCAAAAAAGGAUGGAUAGAAGAUAAGAAGAUAUAUAUGGCUCCAGGCCUCGAAGGAAAAGAUAUCAGCUCCACAAAAGUGCGAGCGAUGAUUAAACUAUACAGCGGACCGGACCCGCAUCGCAAAGGCCAGGGAAGUUCGAAAUUCAAAGGAAAGGGAAAACAGGAGAACAAGAAGAUUAAAGAGGGAUUGAAGGGAUUCGUAGGAACGUCGGUGGGGAAAUGGAUUACGGGGGAGAAGUUAUAUUGGUGGGAAGCGAAGGAGAAUGCGGAAUGA